AUGAACAUUCCCUUUUGGUACGCUAAAUGGAUCGGAAAUGAGUCUUUAACGAAGGCUUUCUCGGAGAUCUUUGUGCAGGCAGUGGAUGAUAAAAUUGUUGUAGUUCCAGCAGGUAUUUGGACUUAUACCGGGUGGUCCUGGCAGCUAACGGACCUUAUGUUUGACAGUAACAGGAUUCUGCCGCACAUUUGGCUGGAAUUUUGUGAAGUAGCUUCACUAAUGUUGCUGCAGGAAAAUGUGCAGGAUACAUACAUGUGGAAGCAAGAUAUCGAAGGAAUAUUUUCGAUAAAAUCUUGUUUUGAUUUGUUUAGUGAGAAUCUUUCUAGUCCACCUCUUUCGAUGAUGCCGUGA